AUGGCUCCUCGUUGUGUCUCAACCAACUUCCGGCGCUGGCAUAUGACGCCUGUAGUCCCCGCCUCUUCCGCCCCCGGGCGUGGCCGAGGAACCCGGAUUGUACACAAGCGAGUGGGAAAGGGAGGAGGAGACCGCCUCCGGGGGAAGCCGGGACCCCAGCCUGCAGGUCGCGGGGCGGCCGGCGGGGGCGCCACGGAGGCGGAGGAAGGGGCGGCGCGGGGCGGGGCGGCGCGUAGCGGUUACUCAAGGCGGGCAGUUCAAACCGAAGGAGGGAAACGCGGCGGCCCCACGCGAACCUGGCGUGAGGGUUGCCAUAGCCCGGCAUCCCUGGGGGCGAGGCGGUGGCUCCUGCCCGGCGCUCCCAGCGGCGGCUGCCUGACUCCCUUCCCGCCUGGCCCCGCGGCCCGGUCGGUGCGGGCGCGCCUCGCUCUCCAGGUGGGCGGGAGUGGGGGGCCCAAGUGUGUGCCGGCUAGCGGGCCUCCCGGCGUCCCCGGGCCCGGCGCCCACUUUGCUUUCCAGGUGCUGGGACUAGAGAGGCGCCCCGAAGCCGAUCUCUUGCCCGCUCGCUCCGCUCCAGGUGACGCCCACCCACCCUCCGCCUUUCGGUGGCGUUCUGGGCCCUGGGCCCUGGCGGCGGAGCCGAGGCGACCCCCGUCCCCUCGCCAGCUUGGCCUUGGGAAGGUCCAGGAGGGACGAACGGGGCCAAAAGACGCCCUGGUGAGACCGUUAACCAGCCACCCGCUGACAGCACCUUGGGCGAAAUAUUAUAAAGGAAACAUUGUGAAGAUGUCAGAGAGACGUUCAAGCCAAGCUUGCAGUGGAGCAGAAAAUGAGGUGGACUCUCCUACUGUCAACUUCAAAUCCUCCAGCUUCAGAGAUUUCUGUUCCACAUCUUCAUUUCAAGAUAGUGGCUACAAUGAGUUGUUACAACCUUGCAACUUUGGUAGUACAGAUAAAGAAUUUUUUGGAAAGAAAGAAAAAGGCCCAACAUUAAUCCAUGAACAUCCUGAAACUUCAAAUCUGGGCUUAACUCAUCCUUUAGAAUCUCCAACUCAAAAAAAGAGAUUUGUCUUUUCUAGGAAGGAAAAUGAUAAAACUCCAGAACUUUGUGAAACCCCUAAAGUCAGUGGAAAAAAAUUUUUACUGCGUAGAAGGUUGGACAUAUCUUUCUCUCUCCUAAAGGGGGACUGUGAAUCACAAAACAGUUCUCUAGAAAGUAGUAUAAACCAAGUCCUCAACUUAGAAAAAAAUAAUCCAAGCUGUGCUGCAAGUUUUCCAAGGCAAACCAAUUUUAGUCCUUUAGUUACUAGUACUUUGAAAACAGAAGAAACAACUUCCAGCAGUCAAAAAUUGAGACUUAAUUUUUCUCAACAGAAGACUUCCACAGUUGAUGAUUCCAAAGAUGACUGUAGCCUAUUUGAAGUUGAAUGUAUAUCUCCGAUUCAGGGCGAUAGUUUUAAAGACUCUAUCACAUAUGACCUUAGUGAUAGCAGUCUGUUUGUUAAUGAUGAGAAUACAUAUCCCAAACUUCUGGGCUCUUCUGCUAGUCGAACAUCUUGUGGAACAAAUGAGAAUUUAUGUGUGACUCCAAUAAGUAAUCUUGUAGCAAACAUUAAUGCAAGUCAAAGGCUCUCUCCUUCAGCUGAAGUGAGGGGCAAUAUUUCAACACCUGAAGACAGUGGUUUUAACUCACUUUGUUUGGAUAAAUCAGAAGAUUCCCUCUCUGACCAGGAGGGUUCUUUUCGAGAACUUUGGAAACAUAAGGGAACUGUCAAAGUGGGGGACACCAUAAAAAAGUCAGGGCAUCUUCGGAGGCUGAGAAGAUUGUCCACCCUCCAGGAACAAAGCUCACAGUCUGAGACAGAAAGGGACUCUGACUCGGAAGCAACACCAGCAGCUGCUUCAGACACGUCGGAGAAUCAGCCGAGCAGUGACAAUGAGAUUUUAAGCUUUAAGAAUUUAUCAAAGACCCCAGCCUUGCAGUUAGUGCACGAGCUCUUUAUGAGAAACAAAAGAAAAAGAUUCCAGCAAAAUGGUGCACAUGAAUUCUUAGAAGAGAAGGAUGGGGGGCAAAUAGCUGUACUACAGUGUGUACUUGCAGGACUGAUUGGCAAGAAAAUGGGUAUAGAAAAACUGGACAUCUUAACAGAAUUAAAAUAUAGAAAUUUAAAACAUAUUCUUGCUAUGGUUUUUGAUUCCUUGACUGCAGAAAGCCUAUGCAGUGUUUGGAAAGUGAGCAGAAAUUGGCGAGAAAUUAUUGUUCAAGAUAAAAAAGCAAAUCGGAGGAGGAAAUGUUAUAUCUCACAACUGAAAGCAGAUUCUGAGGGGGCUAUAUUAAAUGUUGAGGAUGCUGCCACUCGGCUCCAUCUUUUAAAUCGAUCAGCUUUAAGAUCUGUACAAGCUCAGGCUAGGAUACCAGGUUUUCAGAAAGGAGAAGUUUCAACAUUUUCUCCUUGGGGAGAAGUUUUGACACCUACAGCAAGCUCUUCUGUUACUCCCUUAAGUAGUAAACAAGAUGAAUAUGUCAAGGUUGCCAAAACACUAUUUAUUGAUGAAGCAUUAAAACCUUGCCCCAGGUGCCAAUCCCCUGCUAAGUACCAGCCGUAUAAGAAAAGGGGACUGUGCAGCAGUACAGCCUGUGGUUUUGACUUUUGUGUGUUAUGUUUGUGUGCUUAUCAUGGGUCUGAAGAAUGUAGUAGAGGAGCAGCAAAGCCGAGAAAUAGGAAAGAUGCUCUUCCAGGAAGUGCCCAGAGUAAGCGGAAUUUAAAACGCCUUUGA